AACAGUAAAUCCAACAUAGCAUUUUCUGGCGGAGUCACAGUAACUCCUCAAAUAAUUUUACAAGAUAAAGUGAAAAUAGAAGAUUGACAAUUACUUGGUCGUUAUGGAGUAUGGCUGUUGGUUAGUUUAUGUACACCCUCUAAAGAGAUGCCUGAUGAAAUUUUAGGUCGUUUACUUUCCAUGUUAUUUCAUUGGUUUCAUGCUACAGCCUACUCAUUUGACGGCCAAAUAGAAUGUACUCUUGAGAAAUUAAAAACAGAAUACGUCUGUACAUGGCUAUUUGAAAUUAUGAAAACACAUUAUCAAGUAUUCGUGUCAUGUUUGUUGCCCCAUCCAGCUGAUUAUGUACGCAUAGGAGGACAUUGGGAAAGCUUAACAUCAAGAAUUCCUCAUUUAAAAGAUGGUCUUAAUAGACUAUUUUGUUUAGUGCCUUAUGAAGUAAUUACUUCUGAAAUUUGGGAUUAUGUCAUGCCACAUUGGAUGGAAGCAAUGGUGCAUGAUGUACCAGAGAAACAUCUAUUGGAGCUGAAAAUAAUUCUUUGUAAAAUGUUGGAUAAAGAUAUGAGUCCAUUAGGAUUUGAUACCACAAAAAUGUAUAACUUUAUUGCACAAAGAUUUAUUAAUGUGAGUCCAAUGGUACAAGAACAAGCUCUAAAAUGGUUACAAACGUUAACAAUGCUGGAAAUAAUAAUACCCCUGAAUUUAUUAUUCUCAAUGUUUAAAGAUGGCACUGAAGCAAUGCAACAAACAAAUAAAUCAGACUUGAAUAAUGAAAAUAUGUUAAAAAUAAUUCAAAAUGAAAAUGGAUACCAUGCAUGUGGAUUGGUGGAGAAUGAUUCAGAAAAAUCAACCCCAAUUUCUGAUGAUAUUGUUCCAAAUCAAGUUUAUGUUGAAUUUCAAGUUGAUUCAGAAUUAAAUUUAUCCUGUUGUGUUUUGAUGCUAGAUGCUUUAUUAAAACAAAUAGAAUUACAAGAUAUUGAUAAAAAUGCUGGAAUAUACAGUAGCACUUGUCGUGAAUCUUGUGACUUGAUGAAAUUGAUAUUGGAGACAAAUUUGAGCGCCGACCAUACAUGCCUUCUAAGUUCUGAAUGCACGUAUUGUGAAUCAAAAAUAGUGUGGUACCAAUUAUGUUUACAGCUACUUACUUACUUGGCUCCUUCAACCUUAGCACAUCCACCAGAUGUCAUAAAUGACGACCUAUCUGAUGAUUAUGGACGCCGUAAUUCCGCCGAUGGAGUGAAGAAAUGUGAUUUAAAAUCUGACGGUGGGUUAGGUAUGCCGACUCCAGAACCUCAUACUGUUGGAGGUGUUCUUGUUCACAUGCCUCAUUUUUUCGAACAAAUUAUGACAGCAACGGUUGAAACAGUAUCAGAGCAAUUGGAUCUCACAACAAUAAUUCCAAUGGAGAAAAUCGACAUUAAUUUAUCCGGUAGUACAUUAACAAGAAAAGAUAAUGGAAGAGAUGCAACAAUUAAAAACAAAUUGCAGUCGCAUUUAAAUGACGAAUUUGCUUCUGAUAAAGAAGAUCAAAAUAGAGAUGAUUUUUGGCAAACAUCAAUUGGAGAAUUGCAGUUUACUAUUGAGGAACUUCCCGAACAAUUGCAGUACAUUUAUAAACUGUUGAAGGAAAUUAAUGAAGUUGAAAAUUCCGAUAUUAUCUAUUACAUGCUACAAUGUCUAAGUAUUAUGUGUUUAUAUGGAGAUGCGUUAACAAUGGCAGCAAAAGAUCAUCAAGACUUUUUUAUAUGGUGUCAGGAGAGUCUUCUUAUAAAGAAUUUGUGGGAUCUAUUGAGUGCUGAGCAUUCGCAUAUUGCACAAGUGUCAGUACCUCUUUUGCUCCACUGUAUUUCCUUACCUCAUGGGGUUGAUACAUUUUGGAGACUUAUGCAGGAACAAUUCCAAGAUUUAAACUGGCGCGUUCGAUUUACAGCAGUUGAACGCGUGACUCUAAUAGCACGAUUUAUGGACUCAACACCUUUGAGAAAUGUUUCUAAUUUGCAAGCAGUAUUAGCUAGUGUAUUUUGUUAUUUAAUUGCUAGUAUGGAUGAUUCAAAUGUUUGUGUUGCUCAACGAGCUACUUUGAACAUUGGAACAAUUCACGAUACAGCAAUAAGGUCAUUAAUUUUCUGUCUUGAAACGCAAUUUGAUACCGUAAUUGUGGACAGACCAAUGAUAUUACAAUCUAUAUAUCAACUGCAUAAUAGCUUAAGUGACAGGCGGGUUUUAACUUGGGAGUUCUUUUUGAAUAGGUUUGAUUCAAUAUUUCUUGAAGCACAAAUUAAUCUUCAAAAAACUGGAGAUUUAACAUAUAUUCGAGACCUCAAGAACACUGACAACAAUAAUGAAGCAUUCAUAUUGAAGUUGCAAAGAGCUCAUGAAGCCCUUUCUCAGAAUAAUGAAAGCAAUGCAAGCUCAUUGAAAACAUUAUGUGGAAGUUUCGGUUCUAAAUGGCCAUAUAAACGCACAAUGUCUGCUCCUGCUUCUACAGUGCAACGUCAGGACACAAAACAAGAAAAAGAAAAAAUAUAUAAUAGACAAUAUUCAGCACCAUCACUUAAAAGAAAAAGUUCCCGAUUUGGUAUAGAUGGAUAUGUCCAUUCUCUACAUAUGAUAGACGAAACAAGCAAUUUACCAACAUUCAUUCACAAAAUACUAGAUCUUGAAGAAGCUGAUACUGAAACUUUACAUCUUCUAGUAUUUUUGCUAAUGCAAUUUUUAUCCAGACAAGAUCAGGCGUACCCUACUGAAGAAAAACCGCUAUUCAAGACACAAGGUAUUGUCUUACGUCAUUUAUAUCUGCUUCUUGGCUACAAUCAAUCAGAAAGAACAUUUCAUACCCAAUCACAGAGAUUAAGAAACUCUUCUGUUUUCAACGUAUUUAUCACAAACUUGCCACAAGUUUUGGAUCAAAAUAAUAUUAUGGGAUGGGCUACUAUUCCUCCUAUAUUGGCAAUUUUAAAACACUGUCCUUGUCCACCUAAUGCAUUGAAUACAGAAUAUCAACCUCCACUAUAUAGUCUGUGGUAUUUAGAGCCCCAUAUUAGGCGAUCAUGGUUAAUGUCUUUACUCAUCAUUUUAUACAAAUUUCAGUAUGGCCAGCAGGUUUGGUACUACCAGUUACAAGCUUUAAUAAAAAUUGUGAUAAAUACAUUAAAGGGACAACAUCAUCAAUGUAAGAGAAUUCCAGGAAUGGUUGUAAUGUCCGGACCUCCAGCUAGAUCUAGAGAUGUUUCUCAACCUUCAUUAGGUGAUGAACACGAUUUGUUAAACAUUGAGUCUGAAUUAAUAGAGAGUGAAAAUAUACAAAACUUUGAUAAAGCUGUUACAAAUAAUCGACGAAGUUUAAAAAGUGCCACGAAUAAAAUGUUUGGAAUGGAUUCAAGUUAUAAUGCUGAUGAUACCGAAUCGGAAUUAGCGGCAAUACCUGAAAGUAUACAGUCUGAUAGUACGAUACAUUAUAGCAGUUGUGGUUCUCUCGCAGAAGUUGAAGAAAGUAUUUACAAUUUUAAAGGCAGAAUAUCGUCAUUAAAAUAUGUCAAAAAGGAACUUGCAAGUUUAAAUAAUAAUAGUAUCAAUAUUGAAGAACAUACAGAAAAAGGAUAUCAGAGGAAAUCUCCGGGAGCUAGUGGUGGUUUAAACUCAAUGUCUGAUGAUACUUCCUUGGCCGUUCAAAUUGGAUCAGAAGCUAGUUCUGAGAAACCUUAUGAAAUACAGAGAUUGUCAACUAGUAAUAAUAGCGGUAACUUAACUUCCAAAGAUGGUGCAGAAGCUGCUAGGGAAAGUAUAGAACAUGAAAGAAUAAGUAGAAACAUCAGAACUUUUAGCGAAUACAAUGAAAAUGUCAGAUCACAUUCUUUAAAAUCUAAAGGAUUUGAGAGAAAGAAAGGUCAUCCAUUUUGUGUUACUGAUUUAACACUUAAAAAUCGUCAGCUAAACAGUAUGGGAAGCAGUAAUAUCAAUCAUAUAAAUCCGGAUUGUUCUCAAAUUGCUAGUAGUAAAAAAGAACUGCAAAUGGAAGAAAUGAAAACUAACUUAGUAACACCAAAACUUGAAAGACUUCUUCCAGUGGGCAUUAUAUUUCCUGAUAAAGGUAACUUUCAAGAAGGCAAUGGAACUUCAGUUAGUGUUUUUGAAAAACCAACUAGCAUAAAGCGUAUAGAACUUCCGUUACAAGAGAGAUUAUUACCUAUUGGAUUGCGGAGAGAAUCGGUUACUGGAAUAGUCGAUUGUGUCCGACAUGUUCUCGGUAUAUCAAUAUCUCAAGAUAAUUUGAAUGCACCAAAAAGUACUGCAAAUACCUCUGAAGAUGAUAAACAUGUAGAAUCCACUUUUAAAGAUGAUCAUUCUAAUGCCAAGUCAAAUGGUAAACAUUCUUGUUUGUGUUCUAAUCAGAAGAGAUUAACAAAGCAAGUAGCAAUGGAAUUUCCACAUUCAACAUUUGAUUCUGAUAAUUGUAUUCAUCAUUUAAGAAGUACGAGUAAGAAAAGUACAGCUAAAGAUUUAGCUCGUUUGCGACGGGAUAAAAUUGGCAAAUCAUCGACAUCUACAAGUCGUACAGUGAUAUCUUCAUGUCGUCAUGAGUCUUGGCCUGGUCCUAAAAUGCAACCGAAUUUAAAUAGCACGUUGCAACAAGCCUGUCAUGCCGAUUUUAACCUAAAAUCGAGUUUAUUUAGAAUAGGAGAUGAGUGUGUUCAUGAAAGGUGUUGUGAAUGUGGAUUAAUAAAAGAAGAAUACUCUGAUGAGGAGCUGGGAUUAUGUAUAAUUGUCCUGGGAACUUUUGUACAUAGAGAACCAUCGUUAGCAGCUCCGUUUUUACCAGACAUUCUUAAUGCCGUUACGAGAGUUUCUCUUAAGGCAAUGUAUCCUUGGCAAAGUGAAACUAAUUUACAUUUACCGGGCAGUGCUAUUAGUGUGGCACAUCAGUUUCUACGAUGUGUUCUUCAUCAAAUGGCUCCAAAUGCAAUAUUUAUGCAAAUGUUUCAAACCCGCAUCAAUGUACUUACAAGGAUUCAAUUUUUCAAAAGCGUUGCCCAAGCUCUAACAGAUUUCAAUGAUUUAAAUCCAAUUGCUCCAUUACAAUUAUUACUAGAAACAUUAAACUCAAAGAAGUCCCUUCCUGUGGGCAAAUUAUCAACGAUUCUGCAUAAUGUUGCGAGUUAUUUAGACUGCUUGCCUUUGGAAGCUGGUUUGGGUCCUGGUAUUAUAACGUGGAGUGGACUAUUAUCUCAGUUUGAAGGAUUCUUUAGAAAAUUAGUUAUGCUUUUGCCAACAAUUGAAGACAUAACACCAGCUCAUAGAAUUAUGAUAUCCAUUAUGAAAGUACCUGGAAUUCAACAGUCUAAGGGACUUCUAGAUCCAUUUUCGAAAGUUCUCAGUUAUUCCAUACAAAACUCUUUUUUGAAAAAUAAUUUUCUGACUGAACUCUGUCAACUUUGUCAUCGAGGAUUCAAUCGAGAAAGAGAUAAACAAUUUCUAGGAAGGACUAUUGUAUUCGAACUAGUACAAGCAAUUAAAUUUAAAAUAAUUAUUCCCGAUUCUAACUUUCUACUUCUACUUCAUUUCGUUCUUCAGGAUGUGGGUGGAUUUUUACACACAACCGUACCCAUAAAAGAACUAUCUUCUGAGAUAUCUCCUUUAUUUAAUUCCAAUAAUUCUGAAGCAUUAAGAAGUCAAAUAACAGAUGUUCUUGAAUUUUUAGCAGAUUUUCAUACUAUAAGUAAAAUAAAGAGUUUCAAUAAAGGAUUACAAUCUGGACUUAAUGAAGACACAUUAGGAGGUAUAUUGAAAUCUGGACUCGCACAAUAUCUCGCAUUAGAAAUUACGAGAGGUAACAGUAGGGAGAAUAGAGCAGUUUCUAGAUUUUUACCCUGGUUAUAUAAUCCAUCUUCAAUGUUACAACUUGGUGUACGGGAAUAUGCGGAAUGCAUAAGUCAUGUAAGAUUACUGACUUGGUUGCUGUUGGGCUCCUUGAUACACAGUGUAACUUUUACUAUCAACAGUAAUGUUCAAUCUCAUGCUCUUCCAUUAUCAUCAGCACAGCCAAUCAGUGUAGAAGGUUCAUGUUACGUAGCAGAUCAUAUACAAGUUAUAUUCAGUGGAUAUCCCGACCAAUCUAAAACUAAUGUUCAAAAUGUUUGUGCUUUAUCUCAGGCUUUCAUUUUAUGUCAGUUAUGGACAGUUUAUUUAGAAGAAAUUAUAAAGAACAAUUCUUCUGGUAUGGAACAUAGCAAUUCAGCAAUGAAUAUUCUGUUGGAUUUUUGGGGAAAAGUUACACCCUCCAUAUUGCAUUUAGCUGCUCAUUCUAAACAGCUAGCUGAAAUGGUGAAUCUACAUUUCCUUAACUUAUUCGACAUUCUAAUGGAUCGAGGAUCUAUUUUAUUAAAUAAAUUAAUGCCAAUGUGGACUCCUAUACUGUUCUCUAAUAAAAUGCAGUGUAUUGGUCAUCUACAAGUGCGAUUAAAAAAUUACGAUAGUGAUUUGAUACAAUCACUAGAGGACUAUUUUACAUCAAAUCGUCAAGAAACGAAUAAGAAACUUUUGCGAUGGUUAGAAAGAUUGCAGUUCAAAAUGGGACAAAUAGAAAUGCAAUCUUGUAAUAUUACUCAAUUUUAUUCUAUUUAGAAGAUAAUUUUUAUUAGUUUAUUUCUAGAGCACUCACAAUGUAAUAAUAAAAACUGAAAUAAAUUAUAAUUAUAACAAGAAUAAAUAUAACAGUUAAUUUAGUAA